CCCCGUUAAAGGGUGGGGGCCGCCAUCUUGUGUGCGUGCAAAGUCCUUGGCGGGAUUGGUUCCGCGUGCGGGUUCUUCUGUAACUCCCCACCUACCAGGGUUUCAUCUCAGACACUUCCCUGCGUGCAGGAGGGCCUGCUGACGGCCGAUUCCUUUGCAGCAGAAGAAACUCUUUAAAUUUUGGAAAUAGCGACUCAGUAGCAUGGCCGGCCGCCUUAAUGAAGAUCCAGAAGGAAGUCGAGUGCGUGACUGCUAUUAACUUUAUCGGUGAAGUGAAAUUCAGAAUAAUUGAGAUCACUUAUGUGAAAGGAGAUCUUUUCGAAUGUUCCAAAACCGACUCUCUAGCCCACUGUAUCAGUGAAGACUGUCGGAUGGGUGCUGGAAUAGCUGUUCUCUUCAAGAAGAAAUUUGGAGGGGUGCAGGAACUGUUAAACCAACAAAAGAAGUCUGGAGAAGUGGCUGUUCUGAAGAGAGAUGGACGAUAUAUAUAUUACUUGAUUACAAAGAAACGGGCCUCACACAAGCCAACUUACGAGAACCUGCAGAAGAGUUUAGAGGCUAUGAAGUCCCAUUGCCUGAAGAAUGGAGUCACUGACCUCUCCAUGCCCAGGAUCGGAUGUGGUUUGGAUCGUCUGCAGUGGGAAAAUGUAUCUGCGAUAAUCGAAGAGGUGUUUGAGGCGACAGACAUCAAAAUUACUGUGUAUACACUCUGAGCAGAUGGAGGUUUGGGAUGAGCUCAUGGUCUUUGUGUCAUCUCUACUUGGCUGUAGGACUGAGCAACUGUAGGACCUCAAAAUGGGCAGAGGACAGUGUGUAAGGGAAUCUGUCACAGGCCAGAUGUGGGAUUUUGUAUUCUAAGAAGACUGGAGGGCACUACGCCCAAACUGUGGAGGAGGCUGAGGCCUGUCAGCAGGCCAGGAAACCAGCUAAGGAAAGCCCACCUCACCUGUUUGCUUGUCCACUACUGGAUUUGUUUGGCUGGCCACUAGGUGGCAGCAUUGAUUCUAACUCUCUUGUUUUUAGGGAGAAGUUGUGGGAGACUUAGUAAACUGUUGAGAUUCUUUGGUGUCUUGUGUUUGUGCACUUGGUGCUAGUCUGAUUCAUCAACGUCAUCCUAGGGAAAAACUGCUUGUUUUGUAGUUACACAUGUAGUUCUCCACGGUCACGAGCUUAUUGGGACAGGAGCGUAACAAUAAACCUUUC